CAAUGUUCGACACCGGUUGCGAUCGUGUAGUAUGUGAGAAAUUUUUUUCCGUUCCGCCGUCCGUCCGCGCUCUCUCGACAUCGGUUCACCGUAACCGCAGUAAUAUUAAUAAUAUCAUCGUUAUCUAUACCGUCUCACGGCGUCGAAGAUAAUAUAAUAUUAUAUUAUAAUAUUGCCAGCCAGGCCAUCAUCGUUUACGGGACAUCGCCGCCGUUCGUGGAAUAUUAAUAAUAUAGGUGCAACACGCCUGCAGUGCAGCCUGUUCCGAGGAUUUCGAACAAAAUAUUACAUUUCAUCGGUAUUUUGGUACCUAUAUAUAAUACGAGGAGUACAUUUUCCGAUCGUUUCGUUUUUCGCGGUCCGUCGCGUAUUUAUCGAUUCCGCUUGUGCGGUUUGUUUUUCGUCGUCCGAUUUUCAGUUGAAAACUUUUUUUCCGGGUUUUUCGCCCAAAGUGAUAUUGAUUUCCAUGCGCAUAUAUGUCAUCGAUCGACUUAAUUCGCAGUGCUAUCGCGUCAUGAAGUUUACACGUCAGAACGCCGACUGCUAGGAUAUACAUACCGCAGUAAACGUGAAAUCGUGUCACAUACGCGAGAGCGCUUUAAAGCGGCAUGGAAAUGGCUGCCGGCAUGGAAGUGGUCGGCGGUGCCGGCGCUCAUCAUCAUCACCACCAUCACCCUCACCACCGGAGCUGGUACGAGACGCCGGCCGGAUCGUCGUCGUCGUGCCGGGACGAGCCGCUGGUGGCCGAUAACAUGUCGGACCACAUGAACUCGUUCUUCGCCCAUCACCACGUCAGCGCGCUGGACGCUCACCCCGCGGCCAGGGACUACCAUCAUCACCGGGCGGCGGCGGCGGCCACAGCCGCUGCCGCGGCGCCGUAUCACCGCGACUCACUCACCGUCACAGCACGCUACUAUCACCAGCAGAUCCACUCGCCGUUCGCUCCGCCACCACCGACGUCGUCGCACGGAUCUACGAGAAACAUGUGUAGGCCGUCUCACUUUUCUCAUCCGGCUGCAGCCUGGCUGAACGGCGGCAACAACAACAAUAACAACAAUAACAACAACAACAACGGUAACAACCAGUUAGACACCAAAAUGCAAUCGUCGUCACCCGGCGGCGGUUGGUAUUCGUCUUCGCCGACGGUACAGGACGAUUCGCCAUCGGGUGUCGCCUCUUCGUCCAAAGACAUGCAACAUUCCGGCGGUGGAGGAGGCAACAACGGCGGCGGCGUCGGCGGCGGACAUCCGAUGUUCACGUUCCCGCCGACACCGCCAAAGGACAGCACGCCCGACUCGAUGACCACCGCCACGACGACGGCCACAAGCUCGUCGUCGUCGUCUUCGUCUUCGAACAGCGCUGCGGCUGCGGCUGCAGCUGCGGCCACCGCCUACUCCAUAGCGUCCAUGGGCGUGUUCCUGCACCCGGACAACCAUCAGGGAUGCGGCGGCGGAGGCGGAGGAGUCGGAGUCCAGGACGUGAAGCCGUCCAUGCUGGUGGCCGGUGGCUCGUCGUCCAAACAGCGCGAAGGUACCUCGUCGUCGAGCGGCGCAACGUCGCCAGGCAGCUCGACGUCCGCCUCGUCCUCGUUUAACGCGUACCACCUGAACCAUCAUCAUCACCACCUCGGCGGCGGUGGUGGCGGCGGUCAACACGAACCGGCCGCCGGCACUGCUGCCCCGACGUCCUCGUCGUCCUACACCCAUUACCCCUAUCACCACCACCAUCACCACCAUUCGGCCAUCGCUCCCGCCGUUUUCUCGCCCGCCAAACACCCCUCGUCCUCAUGCCAUUCGCCUGGCACCAACGCCAUGAAAAACUCCUCGUCCUCGUCGUCCAGAAAUAAGUCUAGGACCAGCGCCGAAGGACGAGAGUGCGUGAACUGCGGAGCCACGUCGACUCCAUUGUGGAGGAGAGACGGCACCGGACACUACCUGUGUAAUGCGUGUGGCCUCUACUAUAAAAUGAACGGGCAAAACCGGCCGCUGAUUAAGCCCAAGAGACGUCUGUCCUUGCAAUCAGCUGCGCGUAGAGCCGGGACGAGCUGUGCGAAUUGCAAAACGUCCACCACGACGCUGUGGAGGAGAAACCAAAACGGCGAACCCGUUUGCAACGCUUGCGGUCUCUACUACAAACUGCACAACGUUAACCGGCCAUUGACGAUGAAAAAGGAAGGAAUACAGACACGAAACCGGAAGCUGUCGUCGAAGUCUAAGAAGAAGAAGGGUUCGAUAGUCGGUGGUCUAGGUGGCGGAAUUGGAGGGGGCAUCGGUGGUGGCGGUGGUGGAGGCGGCGGUGCUUGUCUGUCGCUGUCCGGCAUGAUGCGCGGCGACGGCACCGGCGCGGGUUACCACCACCCGGCAUCCGCUGCUCUGCACCCGCACCCUGCGGCAAUGAGCCACUACCAUCACCACGCGGCCGCUGCGGCCGCGGCCAUGUACCACCAUCACCAUCACCAGGCCACGCAGCCAGCUGCACCCACCGCACCCAUACACCCGCACCACCAUCACAUGGCGUCACUCACCGGACUCGGGUUGCCCACAUCGUCAAACGCGAUGGCUAGUUGGAGAUCCGAGUACGCGUGAUUAUUGGAUUUGCCGUUCCCCGGGCACUCUAACCACAGCAGGGUCGGCGAAUGACAAACAUUAGUACUACAUAUUAAUAUUAUUAUUAUUAUUAUGCUACUACUACUACUACUACUACUACUACUACUACUACUACUACUACUACUACUACUAUCAAUAUUAUUAUCAUCAUUAUUAUAUAAUAUACAUAUUACAUAAUAAUAUACAUAUAUACUCAUAGUUCCUAUUAAUAUUCCCGUCAAAAGAGAAGCCGAAAAAAUAAGAAUACUCUCUCUCUCACACACACACACGCACACACAUGCGCGCGUAAUCGCGCUCACAUAUGGCCAGUAUACAUAUUAUGUAUGUAUGUAUCAUGAAUGUAUGUAUGUAUGUAUGUAUGUAUGUAUGUAUGUAAGUAUAAGUAUAUAUAUAGUCUUCGUAUGUCGUCGAGCAUUAUUAUUAUUUUUAAUUAUAAUUCUAUAUAUAUAAUAUUAUUAUUGUUUCUCGUUUCGCAUAUCGAUAAAACCUUUUGAUGACCGUCGCGGAUUUUUGUACAAGAAUAUAAUAUUAUGUAUUGUCUUCUGAUUUUUUUUCCUCCUUAUUUUAAAACUUGAAAAAACCACAAAAAAAUAUAUAAUAUAUAAACAAAGGUGAAGUAUAAACGUUCAUUUCUCUUUUCGCCUAUAAUGCCCAUUUAUACAUAUUAUAUGACGGCGAUGUAGUGUUUACUCGAAACAACCAGUUUUUAUUUUAUAUAUUUUUUUUUUUUUGAAACGCGCGUACAACGUCUACAUCUAUGUAAAACGCAUAUUUUAUACUAAAAAAAAAUAAAAAUAAUAAUAAAAAACAAAAAAUAUAUAUAUAAUACAAA